CGCGGCUCGCCUUCCAGAGGAAGAUGUUUGCCGUCGCCUCUUAUUAUGGCGGAGAAGCCAUGAAAUUUCAGUCACAGAUCGAUCGACUCGGAGUCGAAACAGUGGACGCAAUACUCAUUAAUAGCACAAACUCUAAUGAACUCGAUUUACACGGUCUUCACAUCCCGGAAGUGAACUCUAUAUUAUCGGCAUAUUUUAACCGGAAGUCCGAAGAAUUGAGACGAAGUGUUGGCAAAAGGAAACUAGUGUUGGAUAUAAUCACCGGUUAUGGCGCCACCAAAGGAGUCCAGGGAAGGAUCAAACCCACAGUCAUCCAGUACUUAAAGCAAAAAAAUUUUACGUAUGUAUCGAUCAAUACCCAG